AUGAACGGCAGUAAGAUCUUGUACAUGGAAAUAUGCGGACUGAAAUACAUCGACUCGUAUAAUUUCUUACCAUUGGCAUUAGCCAAGAUGCCCUCCGCUUUCGGAUUCGACGAAUUGAAGAAAGGCUAUUUCCCCCACUUUUUUAAUACGGAACAGAACCAGAAUUACGUAGGACCUUAUCCACCGGCAGCUUUCUACAAUCCGGACGAAAUGUCUAUCAGGGGACAACGGGCUUUUUUUGAAUGGUAUGAACAAAAGAGGGGAAAAGUAUUUGAUUUCCAGAAAGAGUUUGUAGAGUAUUGUAUCUCCGACGUCGACAUUUUACGCCGAUGCUGUGCACAAUUUAGAUCCACCCUCAAGACUUUGGUCAAUGUGGACCCUUUCCAGGAAUCCAUCACUUUUGCCAGUGCUGCUAAUUUAGCCUACCGCCGACAAUUCAUGUCUGAAGACACCAUAGCCAUCAUUCCUAACCUCGGGUAUCAACCGGCACGACACUAUUCGGCUAAAGCCUGUCGGUGGCUCACCUGGAUGAGUCAACAGACCGGAUGUCACAUACAACAUGCCAGAAACGGGGGUGAAGUCCAGAUCGGAAAUUAUACCGUCGACGGAUACCAGGAAGCGACUCCCACCGUCUACGAAUUUUACGAGUGCUAUUGGCACGGAUGCCCCACCUGCUAUCCCAGUUUACAGACCGAAACUCAUCCUCAUCGGACCCAAUAUACUUACCAGCAAUUGCACGAAGAAACCCUCAGAAGGACUGGCGAUUUAGAAAACAUGGGGUAUACCGUCCUUGGUAUCUGGGAGCACGAUUUCGAUCAGCAAGUGCAAAAAGAUGAGAGUUUACAGCAAUUUGUAGGAAACCUGGACAUUCCGGAUCCUUUGAACCCUCGAGAAGCCCUGUACGGGGGCCGGACCAAUGCCACCCGAUUAUAUUGUGAGGAAGGGGACAUGAGAUACGUGGACGUUUGUUCCCUAUUCCCUUACGUGUUGAAACACAGACCUUUUCCCGUAGGGCAUCCCGAGAUCAUCACAGACGAGUUCCAGGAUGUGAGAAAUUAUUUCGGUCUCAUUCACUGUCGGGUCUUACCUCCCCGAGACCUCUAUCACCCCGUAUUACCUUAUCGGACGGGAGGCAAGUUAUUAUUUCCCUUAUGUCGCACGUGUGCCGAACAACAGGACUCUACUUCUCAAGAUCGAUGUCAACACACCUCCCAGGAACGUAGUCUCACGGGUACUUGGGUGACGACCGAAUUACAUAAAGCCCUAGAGAUGGGAUAUACCUUAGAUCGAAUCUACGAAGUAUGGCAUUUUAAAGAAAGCAGUCAAGAGUUAUUCAGAUCUUACAUCGAUACCUUCCUCAAGAUCAAACAGGAAGCGUCCGGAUUUCCCCCUGACUGUAAGACCUCAGAACAAGAACAAGAUUACAUUCGACAAGUGUUAUACAAAGAAGGAUUCAUGAUGGACAUUCUCAGUAUCGAGAAGAAUCCAGUGAGAAGAACCAUUGCUAAACUCUUUUUAAAUUGUCUGUGGGGAAAAUUUGCUCAACGCUUGUUAUUACCCAAAACCAGAUACUUGGACGAAGAAGAGGAAUUACAGCAACUCUUACAAGAUUCGACUCUCGACAUCAAGGGCAUGCAACUCUUAGACAAUAAAGAAGAUUCCAACAAGGACAAGAUGCUAGUGAAUUAUCAAGACAAACAGGAAUUCGUCGAAGAAUGUCCCUUUGGAAACGUGAUCCUGGCUUGUUUUACCACCGCGCAUGCCCGUUUACACCUCUACGAGACUUUACAACCUUUAGGAGAUCGGGUCGUUUAUUUCGAUACGGACAGUAUCAUUUACCAACAUCGGGAAGGAGCCUUUAAUCCUACCUUGGGUAAUAGUUUAGGAGAAUGGACCGACGAAUUAGACGGGGAUCACAUCAUCAAAUUCAUGUCGGCAGGUCCUAAAAAUUAUGGUUACCGGACAGCCAAAGGAACCGAGGUUCAUAAAGUCAAAGGCAUCACUCUUAACUAUUCUCUUCCCAGAUCGUGUCCCUAG